GAGCCGUGGCGCGGAUGACAGUCGCCUAGCCUAGCGGAGGGCUGUCGCAACAACAGCAACAGGGGCGGUUUGUCAUCGGGGCAGCUGAGGAGAGCAGAGGAGAGCGAAUCGGAGAAAGGAGAGCGAAGGACGGACGGACGCCGACCCAACCAUGGCUACACAAACUUGCACUGGAUCCACGUUAUUGCAGCCGAUCAGCGAAAUCAUCAACCUCCCUCUCGACCAGGUGAACUUUGUGGUGUGCCAGCUCUUUGCCCUGCUGACGGCGCUGUGGUUUCGGCUCUACCUCCACCCCAGUAAGACCAGUCCCUUCAUCAGACAUGUGGUGGCCACGCUGCUGGGCUUCUACCUGGCUCUGUUCUGCUUCGGCUGGUACGCCCUCCAUUUCCUGGUGCAGAGCAGUCUGUCCUACAGCGUCAUGGUGUUUGCCGGCCUGGAGCACAUGCACAAGUACUGCUUCAUUGUGGCACUGGGGUACCUGAGCUUCUGUCAGAUCACAAGGGUCUAUGUGUUUGACUAUGGCAUGUACUCUGCAGAUUUCACCGGGCCGAUGAUGGUCAUCACACAGAAGAUUACCAGCUUGGCAUUCGAAAUACAUGACGGGCUUGCCAAGAGGGAGGAGCAGCUGAGCCCCAGUCAGAAAUACCUAGCUGUCAGGCAGAUGCCCAGCUUGUUGGAGUACCUGAGUUACAACUGCAACUUCAUGGGCAUCCUGGCAGGGCCCACCUGCUCCUACAAUGACUACAUGGCCUUUAUUGAGGGCACAGGAUACCAGCCACGCCAUGUGGAGAAUGCUAAUGGCAAGGAGAAUGGGAAGUACAAGCAGAGCGAGCCAUCACCCAAGAAUGAUGUGAUCUUCAAGCUGCGUUCGUGUGCCAUCUCCCUGGCUGUCUAUCUGUCACUGUGCAAGCUCAUUCCAGUGGAGCGCUCCAUAGACGAGGGCUUCAUUUCCUCCACGCCCUUUCACCUACAGGUCAUCUACCUCUAUCUGGCCAUGCUGGCACUGAGGCCCAAGUACUACUUUGUGUGGACACUAGCUGAUGCUAUCAACAAUGCUGCAGGAUUUGGUUUCAACGGUUACAACAAAGAUGGCUCCCCAAGAUGGGACCUGAUCUCAAAUCUCAGAAUUCUGGACAUUGAGUUUUCUACCAGUUUCAAGACAUUCCUAGACAACUGGAAUAUCCAGACAGCUCUUUGGCUCAAAAGGGUGUGCUAUGAGCGAUGUCCCAUCAACCCCACUGCUGCCACCUUCCUGCUGUCAGCCAUAUGGCACGGGGUCUAUCCUGGCUACUACCUGACAUUCCUAACCGGCAUUGCCAUGACCAUGGCAGCACGUGCAAUAAGGCACAACAUCAGACCGCACUUUCUGGUCUCUGAUGAACACAAGCGCAUCUAUGAUGUCAUCACGUGGGCAGGGACCCAGGUUGCCAUUAGUUAUACAGUGGUGCCAUUUGUCCUACUUGCGGUGGGACCUUCGCUCAAGUUCUACAGAUCCUGGUACUUCUGCCUACACCUGCUGUGUCUGCUAGUGGUGUUGGCCUUACCAGUCAAACCCAGACACCUGCGGGCCAAAGAGCAGCGGGACGAUCUACAGAAGGACGGUCGACAGGCAAACAGCCUUCAGGCAGACCACGUCAGCAGCCACACAACAACAGACAACAACUGCAACCAGAAGGACAAAGCCACAUGAGGCUCAGUUGGUUAAAAAUUAGCCCCUUCAGCAGCAGCAGCAUAAACACCAAACUGAACACUGUAUGACCACUGAGAGCUGAAGGGGGGGCAAAUCUGUUUGCCUGUCAAAGAACCAAAAACUGAACAGACUGAGAAUCCUAACAACAGAUGGAAAAACACAAGUCAACGACCUGUCGAAAACUUCCAGUAGCAAGGAUGACAGUAAUCUGACACCAACGAGAGAGAGAGAGAGAGAGAGAGAGAGAGAGAGAGAGAGAGAGACUAUAUGACCAUGAUGUGAGAGAUAGUGAAUUUACAUUACUGGAAAUGCAGAAAAGUUGAAAUUGACUUCCAAGUUGCCUUAAACCCUCUAUGUACUCAACGGAGGAAGUGUUAGCAAUUUGGACUUCCGGUUAACGAAAACUCCAAUGCAGUGAUGACAUUCUGGUGCAGGAGUAGAAAGAGGAACUUGAGGUCCAGUAUGUGGAGGGUUUUUGUCAUUGUCUGGAUACAGGCCUCUUCUGGGAUGAGAGGUGGAAAAGAAAAAUGUGUUUUGUGUAAAAGAAACGUAACCUUUAUCGUCAGCUGCCAAUGUCAAACAGGCCUUAGGAUCCUCAAACCGUUGUUUGAUUUCUGUGUGUGUGUUUUUUUUUUGUCUUCAUUUGGGAGAAUUCACAUCAGAAGGGUUUUAUAUACAGAACUAGGGUUGAAACGAUUUGAAAUCCAUUCAAAUGCUUUUCUGAAAUCAGAUGACUUUAGUGUGUCAUAUGGCAACCAACAGCUGUUCAAAUCCACAUUCGUAUGCUGUCCAUCAGGUGCAGCGAGUUAUCAAUAUGCACUCUUGGACUACAUUGAAUGGAUUUCAGUUUGUCAUUAUAAUAUCAUAUCUCCUGCUUUUGACACGCAGCAAGCAUCAGUUACAGAUAAAGGUAUGUUACAAAGGGAGUCUACUAACUGUCUGCUGAUUUACCAUACUUUUUCUCAAAUGCUUUGCUUUUUGGUAUGGGUACAGGGGUGUGUGUGUGUGUGUGUGUGUGUGUGUGUGUGUGUGUGUGUGUGUGUGUGUGUGUGUGUGUGUUUUGUCUUUUUUCCAUUUAUAUUGUUCAGCCUGCAGGUUUCCUCUAUGUGCAAAUGUCUUGCCACUAUAACACAUGUGGACUAUUGAAAAACCAUUUGAUUACGACCUUUCUGAAACAAUAACAGGUUGUUAAAAUGGAAAGACAAUGGUUUGUUUGCAUCUAUCUCGCGUGUGUUUAACAGUACAUAUAAAACACUAUCCCACAUAUCUUGUGAAAAUAACAGAGGCCUGAUAUAACAAGGGUCUAUCCUCACUGUAUCACACAUGAUUGUGCACUGUAAGUCUUGUAGCCAUAACUGUCAUCAGUGAAUUGGGUGUAAGAAGAAGCAGUUUACAUAUAUAAGUACAUAACGGCACUCAUCCAGGAAACAAAUCCUUAUUACUGUGGGAUUUACAUUUGUCAGUGAGGAAAUCUGCAAUACUAAUUUAUGUAUGUGACAUGCUGUAAUAUUGUAGAAAAUUUGAAAACAUAGAUCAUAAGCCUAAUUGUUGUGCUAACCGGUCUAAUUUCAUUUGAUGUGCACCUAUGUUAGAGUACCAGAAAUGUCAGGUUGGAUUCAUUGUGUGGGGUAAGCGACACUGGUUCCUUAUGUUCUUUUGGUCCAUGACUCACCUUGAGUCUUUCAAACCACACAGUCACAUUAUGUAAACUCAAUAACCAGUUUACAACAGGCAGUAGAUUGAAAAAACAACAACAGUCCCUGUGAUCCCUGCCCAUAAAAUUACAUGCUUUGAGGUCCGACAAGUCAAGUGUGGAUGAGGAAAUGUAGUUUAGAAAAGGCAACCUAAGAAGCAUCUCUCUUUGCUUCAACGUGCAGUUUCUUAACUAUCUGCAUGAGCCAGAAAUAAUCGGGGGAGGGUUCAAGCACACAAUAUAAUCUACACUUUUAAGUCAUGCAUUUGUGAAAGAGCCUGUCAAUGAUGAGUUGGUUUUGGGCAUUUGUGUUGUGUAAAAUAUUUACAUAGCAGAGGAGGUGAGUUUUACCAAUGAACAUCUUUUUAAUUUCUUCUUAAAAAGUUUUCUAACAUGUGCAUAUUCUUGCCAUACUUGUAUGUAUUCAUGUGAUUUGUAGAUGUUGAUGUGGUCUAAAGUACACUAUAUUUGUAGCUAGGGCCCUGUGUAGGUCGGCAAAUGUGGCCGAACUAAGGGAAAGGGGUGUCAUUCGACCAACACAGCUAUUAUUGCACUGCGUGGCCACCCAAACCAGCAGAUCAAUGCAAACUGCUUCAUAUGUCCAAAGUGCCAAAUCAUGAAUGGCGCAUUGUGGUGUGUGUGUGUGUGUGUGUGUGUGUGUGUGUGUGUGUGUGUGUGUGUGUGUGUGCGCGUGUGUGUGCGCGCGCGCGUGCGCACGCACGCAUGCAUGCAAGUAUGAAUGUGUGUGUUUGUGUGUGUAUGUAACAUAAUGGUUAUUUUUGUGUCAGAAGGAAUAUUAUGGAAAGAUUUGUAUUACAGUACAUUUGAAAAAAAAUCUGAUUUAUGUGGUAAAAUAAAGAGAAAAUAUUUUUAAACACUG